AUGUUGUAUAUCCCCUUUUUUAAAGAAUACCUCCUUAUUAAUGUCGAUUAUAUUAAGUAUGGCUUAUUUUUCCUUCUUGGUUAUUAUGUGAAAAAGAUAAUAGGAUGUACAAAGAAAAGAAUAAAAGUUAAAGUGAGAAAUCCAUAUAAUAUAUUAAAGAAAUAUUGUUAUCUUUACAAUUUUUCAUAUAACAAAAAUAUAAAAAAAAUGGAGAAAAGCUUAUUCUAUAAAAAUUUAGAUAAAGAAACUAUUGAAAAACAUGGAAAACAUAUAAACGUAUCUGAUAUCCCAUUUCAUUCAUUUAAUAAGAUAUUUCAAACUAAAGUAUUAAUUAUUGGUAUAGGAGGGUUAGGCUCUCCAGUUUGUUUAUAUUUAAGUAAAUUUACUUUUAAGGAAAUUGGACUAGUAGAUGGAGAUAAAGUAGAAAAAUCAAACUUACAUAGGCAAAUAAUACAUAAAGAAAAACAUAUUGGUUUAAAUAAAACUAUUUCUGCUAAAUUAACAAUACAAGAUAUUGAUAAGGAUGUUAAUAUUAUUUGUUAUCCUUUUUAUUUAGAUAAAACAAAUGGUUUAAAUAUUAUUAAAGACUAUGAUAUUGUUAUAGAUUGCACUGAUAAUAUAAAUAGUAGAUUUUUGAUUAAUGAUUUAUGCAUUUUGUAUAAAAAGAAAUUAAUUUUUGGGAGUGCUUUAGGCUUAUAUGGGCAAGUAAAUGUUUUCAAUUUAAGUGAAAAUUCUUCUAAUUGUUAUAGAUGCUUAAAAAAUUUUAAUAAUCACAAAGAAAAUAAUGAUUGCGAUGAAAAUGGAAUUUUAUCUACUGUUACUGGAGUUAUUGGUCUACUACAGGCAAAUGAAGCUGUUAAGUUAGCGGCAAAUUUAAAUAACGAAAUACUAAAAAAAUUUCUUACAUAUAAUAGUUUUUCAAGUACAGUUCCAUUUGAAACAUUAAAUAUUAAUCAUAAAAAUAAAAAUUGUAUUUGUUCUAAUAAAAAUUUUAAAGAAUUAUAUAAUUUUAUUAUAAAUAAUGAUUAUAGCAGUAGUAUUAAGAAAUGUGGGUAUGUAACUUCUUAUAAGUAUGAUAUAGAAGCUUUUGAUUUCCUAGAUAUUUUAAACAACAAUUUUAAUUUUUUUAAAUUUCCUAUUGAUCACUUAUGCAUUUUAGAUGUGAGAAAAUACAACAAUGCAAAUGUAUAUGGAAUAAAAAAUUCUAUAAGAUGGAGCUUUUAUGAUAUUAUCGAAUUAAUUAAUGAUAAUGCUAGUAAUAAAAAUAAAUUAAUUAAUACUAUUUUUGAAAAAUUAAAAAUAUCGUCUUUAAAAGGAAAUAUAGUCAUUAUUGUUAUUUGUAGAAAAGGUAUUGAUUCUUUAAAAAUAACAAAACAUUUUAAUGAUAUUUUUGCAAUUGAAAACAAAAAAAUCAACAAUAAUUACGAACAUAAUUUAAUAAGAUUCAGUGAAAAUACUGAUUAUAUGAAAGAUAAGCAAAUUUUUGCCUACAAUAUUAAAGGAGGUUAUCUUGAACUUAAAAAAAAAAUAUUUAAAAAUUUACCUUUUUUAUAA